GAAAAAAUGUCUAAAUAAAAUGUUAAGGCAACCUCAUCAACUCUUGCUGAAUCAGCAUACAUUAAUGAAAUGCAAUUAUGCUAAUAUAACUUCAGUUUAAAAGUUGGUUAGAAAAUGUUACAAGUAUAAAUUGAAAUAACUCCUGAUUCUUUAAUGAUUGAGGCCAUAGAAACAGCUAUUGAUUAUUUUACUCAAAUAUACUAUGAUUAAGAUAUAAAUGAAAAUGCUGAGAUUUACGAAGUAUUCUCUGCAGACUAAUAAGGAAAUCCUUUGAAAACAAAGUUCAAGACAGAAUAAUUACUUUAAGAAAUAGAAUGUAAGUCCUUUUCUUUAGUUUUAAAAAAGAAAGGCACUCUCUUAUCUAUUUUAAAAUAACCAAUUUUGAGAGAAUCACCAACAUAGGGUACAAAAGAAUUGCCUAAAUUCAGAUAUGACACUACUAUUUCCAAAUGA